AUGGCUAGAAAGCAUGGCCAUGUCCUAGCAGGCAUGGCUCUGUUGGAUCUGAGAGUUCUACAUGUUGUUCUGAAGGCAAACAAGAGAAGACUUGCUUCUGGGUAUCUCCUGGCCCUGGCAUCUCUAACAUCUUGGGAUCUACGAGGCAACUUCAACUUUUUACCUUCUUGUUCCUAUGUCUGGGAUCAACAUAUUAUCUCCUGGGUUUCUCCAAAGGCCUUGGGUCACCUCUCCAUAUCUCUCCUCUGUAGCAAUCUAGGAUCCAGUGAACUCCACUACACUGUUGCUGCUGUUCUUCAUGGUUAUACCAUGUUUGUUAUGCCUGAUGAAAAUGCUCUUCAUAAGUGUAAGCCACAGGAUUGGACCAAGGAAGAAAUAAAUAUGUUGACGAACAACAUUGAACUGUAUAUGAAAGAACAUGGUAUAGAUAAUCCUACAGAAAUAAUUUUUAAAAUGUCACAAGGUGAAAGAAAAGAUUUCUACAGGUCUAUAUCAUUGGGUCUGAAUAGACCUUGGUUUUCAAUCCAUAGAAGAGUGAUUCAAGUGUAUGAUGACAGAAACCAUGUGGGCAAGUACAGGCCUGAAGAAAUAGAGAAGCUCAAGGGGCUGUGGCAGAAGCAUGGCAAUGACUGGAUAACAAUAGGAACCGCCAUGGGAAGAAGUCCAUCUUCGGUCAAAGACCGGUGUCGACUGAUGAAGGAUACUUGCAACACGGGGAAAUGGACUGAAGAAGAACCGAUUCUUGGCGAUGUGGUUCAUGAAUUGACAUGCACUGAGGUGGAUGAGAAAGUUACCCACGGUGUGUGUUGGGCAACAGUGGCUCAAAGAGUGGGUACUCGCUCAGCAAAGCAGUGUCGUGCUAAAUGGCUCAACUACUUGAACUGGAAACAGACUGGUGGUAUUGAGUGGACAAGGAAAGAUGAAGUCACUCUCAUCCAAAGGCUAGCAGAGCUUGAUGUAUCUGACGAAAGUGAAAUUCGCUGGGAUGAAUUAGCUAAAGGAUGGGAAAGUGUUCGUUCACAAUGGCUGCAAAGUAAACGGUGGGUCUUCAAAAGGCAAAUUACAAAUCACAAAAAUUUUGCAUUCCCAGUCCUAGUAAGAUGUCAUCAACAAGAAUAUGAAAGCCAGAAUGCCAGCCUCAGGUUUUGGAAGAAUACAACUGGAUCUGAAAUAUCAGGCAGCAAUCCUGAUAUCAGUGCUCAACAAGUCCCCUUUGAAGUCACAAGUAUAGAAGAUAAUAACACAUCUGUUUGUCCAGUUCCCAUGACAGGAUGGCAAAUUUCAUUCCAGCACGUCCCUAGGCCCUCAGCAGACCUACCUGCUGCGGUUGUUAACUCUGAAAUCAUAAACCUGCACCCUGGAUCACAGUAA